AUGUUCGAAUGGUCAUGGGACAGUAUUGCUGCAGAGUGCACCGAUUUUAUUGGACCCGCUGGAUAUGGGUUUGUUCAGGUUUCUCCUCCGUCAGAACACAUCGAAGGGCCCAGUGGUGGACUGAUUACCAACCAGUCUCGUACACACUCACCUCUAAGCGAGGAAACCGAAAGCAGUUCCGGAAAAUGGUCAAUACAUGCAAAAGCUGGGGUCGGGGUUAUCGUCGACACGAUAUUCAACCAUAUGUCAGCUAUGGAGAAUGGAACAGGAGUCGCUGGAUCACCCUUUACGCAUUACAACUAUCCGGGGAUCUACCAGCCUCAGAAUUUCCAUAAUUGCGGAUUGAACCCUGGAAACGAUAUUGCCGACUAUACGAACCGCGCAGAUGUUCAGAACUGUGAACUGCUCAAUCUGGCUGAGUAUGAGGCUACCGAGACGGAAUAUGUUCGUAGUCGGCUUGCAACUUAUGCCAACGAUCUAUUGUCAUUGGGAGUGGUUGGGUUUCGUGUUGAUGCUGCAAAGCAUAUCCCCGCCGCCGAUAUAGCCAACAUUUUGGGCCGGCUCAAAUCGAAGCCUUACAUCACUCAAGAGGUUAUUUUCGGAGCCGGUGAACCGAUCUUGCCAUCCGAAUAUGCAGGGAAUGGGGAUGUACAGGAAUUUCGGUAUACUUCAGCGCUCCAAAACGCGUUCUACGUCAGUGGCAUUUCAUCACUCACCGACUUGGAUAAUCGAGGUUGGAUGGCAUCCGAUGGCGCCAAUGUAUUUGUUUCCAACCAUGACACCGAACGAAACGGGGCAUCGCUGAGCUACAAAUCCGGAAUAUUGUACACACUUGCCCAUGUGUUCAUGCUUGCUCAUCCGUACGGAACACCUACCGUUCUAUCCUCGUACACAUUUUCCGAUGAAGCUGCGGGUAGUCCUCUGAACGGUGUUGGGACAUGCUCCGGUUCCGAGGGUGCUAACGGGUGGCGGUGUCAACAUCGGUGGACCGCAAUCGCAGGGAUGGUCAAAUGGCGAAACGGCGUAACUGGAAGUAUAAACAAUUGGGUUAGCGGCACUAGUCAGCAGGUUGCAUUUGGUCGGGGUUCGACCGGGUUCGUGGUUAUCAACAAUGCUGACGUUGCCUGGACGAACACUUUCAAGACGCCCUUGGCCGAUAAUUCGUACUGCGAUAUGAUUACUGGUGCGACUGGGAGGAAGAAAUCAUGUACGGGUGCAUCACACAUUGUCUCAGGUGGAACGUUCACCGCCACGGUUCCUCCACGAUCCGCAAUUGCACUAUUCACUGGGGCAAUCGGGACUGGAUCUAGACGUGAAGGUAAAAGUGGACUUGCGACAGUGUCCUUCACAGUAUCUAUACAGGCGGCCUCCGACGAGAGCGUAUUCGUAGUUGGAAAUAUUCAGCAGCUUGGAGACUGGGCACCCUCUAAAUCGAUCGCGAUGUCUUCAUCAUCACUUCCCACGUGGGGUGUCAAUAUAACUAUCCCAACCGACACAGAGUUCUCUUACAAGUACAUUCGCAAAACUUCUAAUGAAUCGGUAAUAUGGGAAUCGGACCCCAAUCGAAGCGCUGUUGCUCCCUCGUCCGGAACUUUGACAUUAAAUGACGUAUGGCGGUAA